AUGGCCGCCCAAACACAACCUGAAAUCAUCCUCUACGACCUGGCCUGCACCAAGAACGUCUGCUUCUCGCCCGCUGUCUGGCGCGUCCGCCUGAUGCUCAACUACAAACGAAUCCCGUACCAGACCAUCUUUGUCGAGUUUCCGGACAUUGAGCCGACGCUGAAAGGGCUAGGCAUCGCCCCCUCGAGCGGAACCAGUUCGUCAUCCCAGAUCAAGUACACCGUGCCGGCGAUCCACCACGUCUCGAGCAACACGUCCAUGAUGGAGUCGGGCGCGAUCGCCCAGUUCCUCGAAUCAACGUACCCGGACCCGCCGGUGCCGUUGACAUCGGAGCUCGGCCGGGAGAUCGAGACCCAAGCACGCGCCGUGGCUGGGAAGGUGUUCCGCGCGUCGAUAUUACCGCGCGAAGUGCACAUCCUGUCGCCCCGCGGGCAGGAGUACUUUCGGCGCACGCGCGAGGCUCCGCUAGGCGACCACCGCCGGCUCGAGGACCUACUUGAUGAGGCCAAAGAGGACGAGAGCUGGGCCGCUGUGGACGACGGCAUGCGCGCCGUGGGCGAGCUGAUGCGCACGAACCGCGCUGACGGGCCCUUUGUGCUGGGUGCCCGUCCCAGCUACACCGACUUCUUCAUCGCUGGGUCGCUCCAGAACGCGCGGGUGGUGGACGAGGGCGUGUUUCUGCGGAAUAUGCGCUACCCGGGCUUCAGGGACGUGUAUGAGGCGUGUGUGCCGUACAUGGAGAAGAAUGAUUGA